CUUGGAGGGUUGUAAACAUAUGUUUUAUUGCUAGCUACACAGAAAGCAGAUAGCCAAAACGUACGAGAGAGUUUUUGUAUUCUGCCUGUAUCAUACAAUUGCUUUGUUUCUCAGUUCUGUGUAAUAACUGCACAUAUAUCAGCUGUUUAGUGGUCUGAAUUGUUUGCAAACGGUACUGAAGCUAGCUAGCUGUCAUAAUCAUCAACACAAGAGACAGCAAGAAGACAAUAUAACAAUCGUUACUGCAAAGCUGACAUAAUGGCAUCGUUGGCUGCACACGAGCCGAGUAUAAGCCCAAAUUCGAUACCAGUCCUCGCAGACGCUCUGAUGCCCGCGAGCAUUUUCGCUCCGGAUGGAGGAGGUUGUGGAGAUCAUGACGCCGGGGAAGAGUGCUUCGAGGACGGCGACCUCUUCAACGGCGAGGCCGGGGAUCUCGGCAUUGACUUCACUAGCAAGUUGGCCUUGGUCAGCCCUAAUGGAGUGCAGUAUGACUCGUUACUACGACAACUCCGGGAGAGGAUGGACGAGGGUUGUGGGGAGACCAUCUACGUUGUUGGGAUGGGCUCAGACGGAGGUGACUAUGGUCUGGAUGAGGGAGACAUGGAGGCGUCUGUAGCCACAGUUCAGUCCCUGUGUGAGCAGACAGAGUCAGAGCUGAUCCUGCUGAGGGAGCGUAUCGAAGCUGGGGGGCAGGUACGCGACUACCUCAUCCGCCGACGCGUGGGUGAUCAAGACUUCCUGGAGGUCAGGGUAGCGGUGGUGGGUAACGUGGAUGCAGGUAAGAGCACCCUGCUGGGGGUGUUGACCCACGGGGAACUGGACAACGGCAGGGGGUUCGCCCGCCAGAAACUCUUCAGACACAAACACGAAAUGGAGAGUGGCAGGACCAGCAGUGUGGGGAAUGACAUCCUGGGCUUUGACCAGAAGGGACAGGUGGUGAAUAAGCCAGACAGCCAUGGUGGCAGUCUAGACUGGACUAAGAUCUGUGAGAGGUCCUCUAAGGUCAUCACCUUCAUAGACCUAGCUGGACAUGAGAAGUAUCUCAAGACCACGGUGUUUGGAAUGACUGGACACCUGCCUGACUUCUGCAUGCUCAUGGUGGGCAGUAAUGCAGGUAUCGUAGGGAUGACUAAGGAGCAUCUAGGUCUGGCCCUGGCCCUCAAUGUGCCUGUGUUCGUUGUGGUCACCAAGAUAGACAUGUGUCCUGCCAACAUCCUACAAGAGACGUUAAAGCUGCUCCAGAGGUUACUAAAGUCCCCAGGCUGCAGAAAGAUCCCUGUUCUGGUCCAAAACAAAGAUGACGUCAUCGUCACAGCCUCCAACUUCAGCUCUGAGAGGAUGUGUCCAAUCUUCCAGAUCUCCAAUGUGACAGGAGAGAACAUGGACCUGCUGAAGAUGUUCCUCAACCUGCUGUCUUCUAAAACCUCCUUCAGAGAAGACGAACCUGCAGAGUUCCAGAUAGAUGACACCUACUCAGUACCGGGUGUAGGCACAGUCGUUUCAGGGACUACUUUACGUGGAUUGAUACGUCUGAAUGACACAAUGCUGUUAGGCCCAGACCCACUGGGCAGUUUCCUCCCCAUUGCAGUCAAAUCUAUCCACAGGAAGAGGAUGCCAGUCAAGGAGGUGAGAGGUGGACAGACUGCCUCCUUCGCCCUCAAAAAGAUCAAGCGUUCAUCCAUAAGGAAAGGCAUGGUAAUGGUGUCCCCCAAGUUAAACCCACAGGCAUCAUGGGAAUUUAUGGCUGAGAUUCUGGUUCUGCACCACCCAACUACGAUAUCACCCCGCUACCAGGCCAUGGUGCACUGUGGCAGCAUCAGGCAGACAGCCACUAUCCUGACCAUGAACAGAGACUGUCUACGAACAGGGGACAAGGCAUCGGUCCACUUCCGCUUCAUCAAGACCCCCGAGUACCUCCACACGGACCAGAGACUGGUGUUCAGAGAGGGACGCACCAAGGCUGUGGGCACCAUCACCAAGCUGCUGCAGUCGACCAAUAAUUUGCCGUCAAACUUCAAACCCCCGCAAAUCAAAAUGCAGUCUACGAAAAAGGCCCCGUACCGCAGAGAGGAUGGAGCCACGCCAGCCAAUGAGGACGAAGCGAGCACAGCCCGACCAGACAGUCCGCACCAAUCACAACAACCGACAAAGUCAGGAGGCGGGAGCAGGAGACGAGGAGGACAGAGACAUAAAGGCAAAUCAAACCAGAGCAGCUCCACCACAGCAGCCCCGUCAUCAGCAGGCACAGGAGGUUCCUAAACUACACCCCUCAGCCCCCAAACUACAGUACUUCCUCCAUGCACCUGUUUCAGCAGACUACUACCCCCCUUCACAAAACUACUCCACUACUAACCCCCGUCGAAAAAAAUGGGGUCGUAAAUGGCCCUAUCCCCACCUCUCUCCCACCCUGCUAUCUAUCGCCUUAUCAAGUGUCUUUAUCACUCACACCAGAGAAAGUCUUAAGAGGGACUAGGUGAAAAGCAGCUCCCAGCUCUGUGCUUGUAGAUGGUUACCUCUGCCUCCUCACGCUCAUCUUAUCUCCGAUUAGUUUAGAAAGCAUCCUUAUUAUAUUUACAGUAUAUGAACCUGAUAUGCCUUCUUUCAUUGGGUCUACGGUGAGAAUCACUGUAAUACUGUGUAUACUUAAUCAUGGACCCGAAGCCCCAUGAGCAGCUAUUCCCUUACAGUAGAGUAACCCAGCUCCAUGCACUAUAGCUUACUGUUUAGCAGGCAUACUAGUUUCUCUCAUUUCCUAUUUACCACUAGAAUCCCCCAAUAUGACAUAAUGAAGCAUGUUUUCUAUUUAAUUGUAUACUAAAAUGUAAAGAAGGUCACAACUGAUGGUACAUUUGUGGGCCUUCAUUAUGAGUGAAAUAUUGUAGAUAAGAUGUUUAUUUUAUGGCCAUCAGGGAGUCUGAAGAUCAUCACACACUUGCCCUUUCUCAUUUGGGAAAAAGUCCAUCCUCUCUCCUCCAUGGCCUGGAAACCGAUCAGCGGUUGAGUGUUUGUGGGAGAAAUGGAAAAAUAUCCUCCCCUCCUCGAUAGCCACCUUUCAUGGAGGACAGUCAUGUGUAUCUUCUCUGAAGAGUUUAGAACCAUCCUACACCCCCUGUGAAUCAGCUAUAGCUGGGUGCAUGGUUUUGUCUAGCACAACUAAAUGCAUUUAUCACUUUAUACUUAUUUAGGGAUCACACCUGUAAAUGUCAUUUGCCUGAGCAGAGUCGUUAUUUCAUACAAGCACAUUUAUCCACGUUCCCUCUCGUCAUUUUUCAGGAGGUGAAGGCCACUUGUCCUGUCUAAAAUAAAUUAUUCCAUUUACACUGAAAAUAAGGUUUAUUUAAGAAUAUAAUGUACACUUGAUUAGCAACUGUUUAAGUGAGACAUUGAUUGUAAUAGUUGCAGUGCUGUUUGGACCAUCACUGUUUACAUAGUUGUUUGCUUCUGACAUUCAAUAAAAACAGGCUUUAUUGA